AGGGUUUUUUUUUUUUUCAAACCAGUUCUGUUCUUUUACGUGUCAGUCUUUUUCUUCUUCUUCUUCUUCUCACCGUAAGAGCAAGAGACGGACCGGUCACUUCGGAACAAUGGCACCUAAAGGUAGCAGCAAACAGCAAUCCGAGGAAGACCUACUCCUCCAGGACUUCAGCCGAAACCUGUCUGCGAAGUCCUCCGCGCUUUUCUACGGAAAUGCGCUAAUUGUGUCCGCAAUUCCCAUUUGGCUGUUCUGGAGGAUCUGGCACAUGGACCUGGUCCAGUCAGCGGUCCUGUAUGGUGUCAUGACACUGGUCAGCACCUACCUGGUGGCCUUCGCCUACAAAAACGUCAAGUUCGUCCUCAAACACAAAGUUGCCCAGAAGCGAGAGGAUGCUGUCUCCAAGGAGGUGACAAGGAAACUCUCUGAGGCUGACAAUCGCAAGAUGUCACGAAAGGAGAAGGAUGAGAGGAUCUUGUGGAAAAAGAACGAGGUAGCUGAUUAUGAGGCCACCACCUUCUCUAUCUUCUAUAACAACACUCUGUUCCUGGUCCUCGUCAUCAUCGCCUCCUUCUUCCUGCUGAAGAACUUCAACCCCACCGUUAACUACAUCCUGUCCAUCAGUGCCUCAUCUGGCCUCAUCGCCCUGCUGUCCACUGGAUCCAAGUAAAGGAGGAAUGAAAGAAAUUAACAACUGAGAAGAGGAGGGUUUGGGUCAGGGAGGGCUGGGGUGAAGCUAGGAGAAGGGUUUGGGUCAGGGGGGGCUGGGGUAAAGCUAGGAGGAGGGUUUGGGUCAG